CUUCCUCGCGGUCCUGCCGCCUGGGGCUUACUCCGCCCGCCCCACCCCUCCGGCCCUGUCCGAGGCGACAGUUCUGUGUCCCCGCGCAGCCGGCACCGCGGAUAGAAAAAGAGAAAAAAGCGGGAGAACAAUUAAAUCAAGAGGCAAGGCCGCGAAGGAUGCAGAAAUGACCACUCUCCCUCGGACUGUUAAGGACCCGUGUACCUGUGUCCAGUCCCGAGAUCGAGGCAAGCAGAAGAGGGCAGGGCUGGGGCAAGGCGAGCAGGAGACCUCCCAGUGCGGCCCCGGCAGCAGAGGAAGCACGCAGAAGUUGGAAUCGAAGCCUCUUAAAAUGGCAGAUGAUUUGGACUUCGAGACAGGAGAUGCAGGGGCCUCAGCCACCUUCCCGAUGCAGUGCUCAGCAUUACGUAAGAAUGGCUUUGUGGUGCUCAAAGGCCGGCCCUGUAAGAUCGUGGAGAUGUCUACCUCCAAGACUGGCAAGCACGGCCAUGCCAAGGUCCACCUGGUUGGUAUUGACAUCUUUACUGGCAAGAAAUACGAAGAUAUCUGCCCGUCGACUCAUAAUAUGGAUGUCCCCAACAUCAAAAGGAAUGAUUUCCAGCUGAUUGGCAUCCAGGAUGGGUAUCUAUCGCUGCUCCAGGACAGCGGGGAGGUGCGAGAGGACCUUCGUCUGCCCGAGGGAGACCUCGGCAAGGAGAUUGAGCAGAAGUAUGACUGCGGAGAAGAGAUCCUGAUCACGGUGCUGUCUGCCAUGACAGAGGAGGCAGCGGUUGCAAUCAAGGCCAUGGCGAAAUAACUGGCUCCCAGGGUGGCGGUGGCGGAAGCAGUGAUCCUCCAGCCUGCAGAGGCCCCCUUCCCCAGCCUGGCCCAGCUCCGGCCCGGCCCCGGGCUGGACUCCUCCUACACAAUUUAUUUGACGUUUUAUUUUGGUUUCCCCCACACCCCCUCAAUCUGUCGGGGAGCCCCUGCCCUUCAUCCUGCUCCCUUGGCCAGGAGUGAGUGACCCAUGGCCUUGGCAAAGCUGUCCUCCUCUUCUCCCCUCGCACUACAGUCCUGGUCGGGGAGAGGGGGCGGGUGCUGCUUGUGGUUUAGUGGGUUUUGUUUGGUUUUUGUUUUCUUUCCUUUUUCCUUUUUUUUUUUUUUUUAAUUCAAUCUGGAAUCAGAAAGCUGUGGAUUCUGGCAAAUGGUCCUUGUGCCCUUCCCCCACUCAUCCCUGCUCUGGUCCCUUGUUCCCCUUGGCCCUUUACCCCAAGCACCACCCCACAGACUGGGGACCAGCCCCCUCUCCUGCCUAGGUCUCUCCCCAAAUCCCUUUAGCUGGGGAGGGAAGAGGAGGAGAGGGGAGGGGACCUGCCCCCUCCUCAGGCAUCUGGGAGGGCCCUGCCCCCACGGGCUUCACCCUUUCCUGUGGGCUCUCUCCCCGACACAUUUGUUAAAAUCAAACCUGAAUAAAACUACAAGUUUAAUAUGAAGGCCCCAA